CUAACGUGCGAGCUUCAGAGCACUUUCUUGAGCGGUGUAUCCGCCGCGUAUUGCAACAACAGCCCAUCUUUGAUUUGGCAAUGCCUGAGAUCUGAUAACUCCAACUCUGGAUACACCUCAUCAUGCUGUCCUGGGGGUAGCUACCAACAAGACGGUGCUUGCUGUACUUCCAAUUGGCAAGCUUUCAAGUCUUGCUGCACUGCGCAUUCUGGCUACUGGGCUGCCAACGGCUAA